AACCUGGACUUCAAGACCCGAUCGGUUACCGCUCGCCCGUCCCCUCUAACAAGAGAUCAGCCGAUCCUAGAAAAGUCCACCCUCCACCACGGGCAACAGGAUGUCGAGCACCGGCGCGGCGGGCCCGGACGCCGACGCGGCGGUCGGUGAGGGGCUGGAGCUGGCGCAGUUCGGGGCGGGCUGCUUCUGGAGCGUGGAGCUGGCGUACCAGCGGCUCCCCGGCGUGGCGCGCACGGAGGUGGGCUACUCGCAGGGGCACCUCGACGGGCCGACCUACCGCGACGUCUGCGGCGGCGGCACCGGCCACGCCGAGGUCGUGCGCGUGCACUACGACCCCAAGGAGUGCCCCUACGCCGUGCUCCUCGACGUCUUUUGGGCCAAGCACAACCCCACCACGCUCAACAAGCAGGGCAACGACGUCGGGACGCAGUACCGGUCGGGCAUCUACUACUACACGGCGGAGCAGGAGCGGCAGGCGCGGGAGUCGCUGGCGGAGAAGCAGCGGGAGUGGAAGGAGAAGAUCGUGACGGAGGUCCUCCCGGCGCGGAGGUUCUACCCGGCCGAGGACUACCACCAGCAGUACCUCGAGAAGGGCGGCCAGUCCGCCAAGAAGCGCUGCUCCGACCCCAUCCGCUGCUACGGCUGAAAGCACCGCCCCCGUCCCCGACCGCCUAAGCUAUUGGUGCUGCAUUGCCAUUAGCAUCAUACAGGACACCGUCUACCUGACCGCCUAAGCUAUUGGUGCUGCAUUGCCAUUAGCAUCAUACAGGACACCGUCUACCUGACUCUUCUUGUUGUUGUUACAAUAAACAAACCCAUGCGUGCAGCGUGUUAAGGUGAGGUCUGGCACUUUGUUUGCUCGAUGAUC